CACACACACACACAAGCUGAGGAAAACGGAGGGAGAAACCCAUAGACACAGAGAGAGAGGACGGUCUGUGUGGUGCCUUACAAAAGCCAAUCUGUCUAGAGCCUAGUCUUCUUUUUAAAUCUCAAUUCAAUUUUGUGGACUCUGAAGAGAGAAAGCCCCGUCCCUUCCCCCUCGCCUGCCUCAGCCACGGGAAGCACCCACACGGUCGGAGCACAGGGCUAGGCCGCAAGUCGUUAGUGCUCGGUGGGCAAGCACUGACAAAAGACUGGAGGGAGAGGCUAACACGGAUGCUUAGAAAGCAGCUUCUCUGACUUCUGAAGGGUGGAAAGGACGCUUUUAGGAUUUCUAACCUAAUCUGUGCUGUCUAUUUUUGGAGGGACUGAAACAGAGACUGGUCUAGCCACUACCACAGAGGAUAUUGCUACAGCCUGUCUCAGAGACUGGUCUAGCCACUACCACAGAGGAUAUUGCUACAGCCUGUCUCAGAGACUGGUCUAGCCACUACCACAGAGGAUAUUGCUACAGCCUGUCUCAGAGACUGGUCUAGCCACUACCACAGAGGAUAUUGCUACAGCCUGUCUCUUGAACAACACACAAGGAAGAGAGGGCACUUCCUUGAGUUGAAGAUCAUUUUAAAGAGAGCCAGAAAGACUGGUUGAUUUUGUAAAACAGAGACCGUAGCCACGGUUAAGACUUGAUAGUAGUUCUUUGUGUGUCUUGAGGAUAUAGCCAUACAGUGUGCUGUGAAACAUCAAGUUGUUUUGCUAGUGGUGACCUGGAAGAGCUCUUUUUGUCAACCAGAAUGUUGCUGGUGCUCAGAGGAUUGCUGGAAAACCUGUCUCUUGCCUCACUCUGUCUGUACCCUCCCUCUCCAUGGCUGUAAGGGUGAUCUAGCUAAAAGAAGACGUUGACAUAUUAUAUGAAUAUACUUGCAACGGUUCUGUGUCUUGGCUGAAGUGUAAACCAUUCGACUGAACAGCAAGGUCCUCUAAAAGACAGCCGUCGAAGGACUUGGGGCCAAAUAAAUACAUAACAAAAAACACAAAAAGAGUGGAUAAUUGAAUAAGGAGAAAGAAGAAAACUGGGCAUGGGGCAAAACAAAAGUUUCUAGAGUGAAAGGCGAAACAAUUUCCAGGUCAUAGUGGAAGGGGAGGAGACAAAACAGCUCUAGUGUUUUUUUUGGAACAAACAUUCUACACCAUACAAUUUUUAAACCCAUUUAUACUCUACAUUAAAAGAGGGUGUGGAUAAUGUUCUACCUUUGACUAUUUAGUUUCUGACCCACUUUGAGGACCAAAAAGCCAAAAGAGAACAUUUUAUGAAAAGGCAGAGAAUCUCCAAAUCUUGAACUCUGAACAGAGGUGCACAAAGGAAAUCAAAAAGUUUAGACAGCAGCAAACAAAAUCGUUGGCUGUCUCCCAUUCCUUCUGUGGUCUGCUAACCAAGCGAUGGCCAUGGUGAGUGGGGGCUGGGGAGAUCCCAACGGGGGCACCAACGGGCUGGGGGAGAAGGGCUAUCUGAGGGGAGAGGAGGAGGACGGUUCGCCCCAGGCCGGGGGCAGCGACAUGGAGGUCGGGGACGAGGACAAGGCGUGUGUGGUGGACUGUGUGGUGUGUGGGGACAAGUCCAGCGGGAAGCACUAUGGUGUGUUCACCUGCGAGGGCUGCAAGAGCUUCUUCAAGAGGAGCAUCCGCCGCAACCUCAACUAUACCUGCAGGUCGAAUCGAGAGUGCCAGAUCGACCAACAUCACCGCAACCAGUGCCAGUACUGCCGCCUUGAGAAGUGUUUUCGCGUUGGCAUGCGCAAAGAAGCAGUUCAGCGCGGACGUAUCCCCCCCUCACACUCCAGCCUCAGCCCCACGGGCACCCCAGUAGGUGGUGGUAGCGGCGUCGGAGUGGCAGAGUUUUACAACAACAACGGCGGGCAGCCCGUGUCGGAGCUCAUCUCCCAGCUGCUGCGUGCCGAGCCCUACCCCAGCAGCCGCUACGGCCACCAGUACAACCAACAGGGCCAGGCCACCGGCGCAGGCGGGGCCGUUAUGGGCAUUGACAACAUCUGCGAGCUGGCAGCCAGACUGCUCUUCAGCACCAUCGAGUGGGCCAGGAACAUCCCCUACUUCCCAGAGCUGCCUGUGUCAGAGCAGGUGGCUCUGCUCAGGUUGAGUUGGAGCGAGUUGUUCAUUCUGAACGCAGCCCAGUCCGCCCUGCCCCUCCACAUGGCCCCGCUGCUGGCCGCGGCGGGCUUCCACUCCUCGCCCAUGUCGGCCGAGCGAGUGGUGUCCUUCAUGGACCAGGUGAGGGUGUUCCAGAACCAGGUGGACAAGUUGACCCGGCUCCAGGUGGACUCGGCUGAGUACAGCUGCCUCAAGGCCAUCGUCCUCUUCUCACCAGAUGCGUGUGGGCUGACAGACCCGGUCCACGUGGAGUCUCUGCAGGAGAAGGCCCAGGUGGCUCUGACAGAAUAUGAGCGGAUGCAGUACCCAGGUCAGCCGCAGCGCUUCGGCCGCUUGCUCCUCCGCCUGCCCGCCCUCCGUGCCGUGCCUGCCAACCUCAUCUCCCAGCUCUUCUUCAUGCGUCUGGUGGGAAAGACACCCAUUGAGACGCUCAUCCGCGACAUGCAGCUCUCCGGAAGCUCCAUCAGCUGGCCCUACGUCCCUGGUCAGUAACCCCCAAAAUUAGGUCUCCUUCUGUGCAGUGACGACAAGGACCGCAGGUUCCUCUGAAUCAUCAUGAUCCAUCUGUGUGAUCCUAUGCUAGCGCCAGCUGGACAUCAUACAUACUGUACUGUCUCCAUGAACUGAGCUCUCCAUACCAGCCUAGUGCCAGCUGGGUCUAUUGCCAGCACACCUGCUGUGCCCCGUUAUGGCGACCUGAGUCAGCCGUGCCAUCCGCAUGCCAUAGUGACUAGGGACACCUUACAUACAGACAUUACUGUCCUGCCAAUAGAGGUCACUGGAACCUUGUCUCAUUUUCCACAUCUCAUUGACUGUCGACGUCUACAUCAGACAUUGGAAUUCUGGUAGAAAACCUGUAUUAUGGAGCUAUUAGUCUGUUCCAUUCUGUUCCUUAAGGCUGGUUUAUACUUGGUCUAACGACAUGUCUAUAGACAAAUAGACCGCAACAAGGGUCUCUGGUCAAAACAACAUUUCAUUUAUACUCGGGUGUAUAGACCUGUUACUGCGGCUGUUGGUUUCCUUGUCGGUGACGCAUUAAAGUUCAACGUUGACCCUGUCGCAGCAUCCGUUGUCAUGGUUACCUGACUGAGACAGUAACAAGACAGUGCACAAGUUCUCCAAUUCUUUGGUAGAAUGCCCUGCUUUUAUUUCAUCACGCUCACAACCAUAAGCUAUUUUCUUUAAUUAGCUAGCUAGCUUUCAAUUACCUUGUAAAUAAUCAUCUUGUUGAGUUUAUUUUCCUGUAAUGAUUAAUGCAAAUUUGCUAAAGUUAAGACGUGGUCGACAAUGACAAGUUUGAUGUUGGACGACAAUUGAAUGCUCAUGAUGUCACUGCGACAACUUUCUACAGACAUGUCGAUAGAAGGACUAUAAACAAGCCUCUUCACUGAAGGGUCUUCACCUAACUUAGAUGGUCCUCCACCAUAUUUCUCACUCCUAUCCCUUCAGAUAUGCGAACACAAACUUGAUAGGAGGAAACGGGAAGGUGCUAGGGGCUGAAAUGAACCUUGAACAAGAGAUUACACUAAAAUCUUUAUCGUCCACAGAAAUUUCACCAAAAACGUCGUUGUCCUUGAAGAGGUUAAAGAUUUGAUAUUUGAACUAGUAGAUCAGCCAGGCAGAUGAAGUGGAGAUACUUACAGAUGGACUCAAUGACUGUUUCCAUGUAUCACUCAUAGGGAUCUUAAUUGUUGCAUUGGGCAACUUUUAAAAAGCCACAGUUAAAUGAAUAUGGAUUGAUACCGCACAAGACAACAGAAUGCUAUCGAUUGAUUUCUUCUUAAGGCAACCUCUCUGUCAUUGUUGUUCACCACAAACCGCCUUCUUUUCAAUGACUGCUUUUUCAAUAUUCAGUAUGAAUUAGGACACUGCAGUAAGAGUAGAUCAUUCAUCUGGACAUAUUCUUUCAAAUCAACACUGUUUUUUCAAUACGGACUGAUAUUUUAACUACAACAGAUGACGAAUGCAGCUGAUAUGAGUGACAGGCUGAUUGUUGAAACAAAAAAGUAUGUAAUCAAAAAGGUUGUGGCCAAAUGGUUCACCUAUGACCUAUGACCAUACUGAAAACAAAGAGCAAAUGCUGUUGGUACUUUAAAAAUAAAUCACAUCAAAACCUAUUUUACUUUACAAGCUAUAAGAAGUGUACAUAUUGUAAAUGUAGGGAACCAAAGGCUUAAAUGGUGUUGAUGGUAUAAUUUUUUUUUUUUAGGCCAUGUUGUCUUGCUGCAUGUCACAAUGUUGUUUUUGCUUUUUUGAGGUUUUUCAUCUCUACCAAAUGGGAUUGGAUAGUAAAGUUAUUUUUUUUAAUGUUGAGUUCACAGGUUCUUUUUUAAAAACCUUAAUAUUUUAUGUAAAAAUACCUCUACCAUCCUUUGAGAUGUGUUAAAAAAGACGUGUCUCUCCAUGGUGGUGAAAAUGACACUGGUGCAGAACAAGAGGCUACUCCUGAGCCAAUUCUGUUCCCAUCACAAAGCAAUGCAUCCUAGGAGCUAACUGUACAACACUUAGGUGAUAUGGGAGUUUAUUGUCAUGGCUGUAUGGCAAUGGGACUGCGCUUGGAGGCUACGAUCCCAAAACAUCACACUACCUGUGAGAGACUGAGAAUAGGUCCAAUAGCCUAUAGGUGACUAGGAAUUACCUCAUGCCUUUCAAAAAGAUGUGGCAUAUCCUUACUCACCCACUGACUCACUCAAACACCAUAUCACCCAGAAAAAUGACAAAAGAUAAAUGUACUAUUAUUAAUGUUUUACUAUCUUUUACUGUUGUUGCUGAGUUCUUUAGUUUUGGAAUUGUUUGUGUAUGAAAGCAUUAUUAAAAGGCCAAAAUGA